UUUUAAGUUCUCGUAUACGGGCAGACUGGUCAUUAAAAUAAAUAAAAUUACACUAAAAAACAGUAGUUAAAACGUAGUUAAACGCUUUAAAAUAAAAAGAUGUUAUAUGGACAGAUCACACACAGCUAUCAGGAGAACACGUGCACCCUUGUGAUACCACACCCCCAUGCCAGGGAGAAGCCAUUCCACUCGCCCACACCAGCAGCAGCAGCAGCACCAGCAGAGGCUGAAGCAGCAGAAGCAGAGCCUGGGCGCGGGGUCGUGGUUGCCUUGGCACAGGGGGGUGAGGGGUGUGGAUCGGAGGAAUUACAUGUGGAUCGCAUAAGGAAUUGCGAUAUAUUCAUUGACUCGCAUGAUUUGUACUUUUAUGCCGAUGUCAAGCUGUACAAAUUCCACAGCCGACGCACAUUUGAUUUGCGAGAGCUGAAAACACUGCUGAUAAAAUUCAAUCCAGAGGAUAAUCAUUACCAGCUAUGCCUACGCUGCCUGCCGCCUGCCACAGCGGCCACCACUCGAGAUGGUUCAUCAGGAGGAGGGGGAGGAGGCGGAGCCUCCUCUAGCAUUGGCGACGCCCCGAAACCAAAGACCGUGCGCAAGGAGUACAUUGCCACCUUCUUGCGGCUGCCCACAAUGGGAGAUGCCAUGUAUCUGCCAGACAAAGAGCCCCUUGUUCAGGAAUGGAAACUCAAACGCAUCACCGAUCAGUGCCAAUUGCAGCUCGAGGGAAGCGAGCGUAUCUACAAGUUAACAAAUCAUUUUGGCUAUGGCUAUGCCAGCAAAUACAAUGGACCGCCGGAUAUUAGCGAUGUGGAUAAAUCCACUUGCCGUGUAUUGGAGCCCCAUCGCCUUAGCCCCAUUCAGCGUCGGCAGGAUCGUGUUGUCGAUGAAAUGAAACGCUUUUCGCGCGAUCAAUACAAAAUGAACUUUGUGGAGCUACAGGUUCCGUCCGGGCAUCAGAAUCCCCUGCGCUUCAAGCCCAAAAUCUUCGAAACUUCCAUGACCCAAGAUCAGGCCCAUCUGCUGCACAACCUCAGUCGAGAGGCGUUGCAGAAACAGCAGAAGGACGAGGAGCCAGCUGAUCAAGAUAGCCCCUUGGAGAGGCUCAGGCAAAAGGAGAUCGACUGCGGCCUGAUUAGCAUUAUGCUGGCCAUUUGCUACGAUGUGCGGACCACCAAUAACGAUCCCACCUGCGAGUCGGCCUGGACGCGCAGCAUUCUGUGCCCUCUGUUCUGCUACUACGAGCAGUUUGACAACUACAGGGAUGUCCUGGUGGCCUUCCUACGCCGUGCCAUAACCUAUCCGCUGUUCCGUAACUUUGAGCUCGGUCGCCAGUGUGUGCGAGAUGCCAUCGAGGUGCUGAAGGGCGGCAGGAACUGGCUGAUUAAUCAGCUUUUGCUGACGCACCAGCAGUUCGCCAGCGGUGAGCCGUGCCGCGAGAGCUUCAACACUCACUACCUGGAGGACUACAUACGCUAUGUGACCAAUCCAAAUGUGUGCAGCGAUGAGCAUUUGCGUCUGCUGGCCCGCAAUGUGAAGAAUGUGCUGAUGGAUGUGACCAAGAAGCACCUGAAUCUGGGCGUCACCGAAAUAGAGACUGAAUUGAUCCAGGAGCUGAUGCAGGAGAUGCGUCUGACCGCCGGCGGGGAGUCACCAUCGCUGCAGCAGGGACAGAGCGGCGAUGAUGACAUGGAUCUGGACAACGAUACGUCCGGGCAGGAGGAUGAGACAACGACUGAUGAUGAUAGUGUCAUAACCGAUUCAUUCGACAGCAUGGACAUGGACAUGCGUUUGAUUGAGAAUGAGGCGGUCUAUGUGCCGGACGACGACAACGAUGACGACGACGACGAGGACGAUGAUGAGGAUGACGAGGAUGAUGAUGAUGAUGAUGAAGAAGGCGGUGUGGAUGAUGAUAAUGAGGACACUGCCUCAUCGACCACAACCAGCAGCGAGGCGGAGGGUAACAGCGUCAUCGAACAGUGCAGCAACAGCGAGACGGCUGCCAGCAAUAGCAUCAGCACCACCAGCACCAAGUAGACACAUGUCCUGCAUUCUUCAUCCUGCAUCCCCCACGAAGCGAAACGCAACCCCACACAACACACACACAACCAACUUAAUGUCAAAGAAAGGAGGCUAAACAGUGAUUACUUUUACCAUUUAAAAAACAUAAAAGCAAAAUACAAAAUAGAAAGAAACAAAGCAAAGAAAUACUGUAAAAA